AAACUAAGCCGCCGCCGUUAAUAUUUGUCGGCGCAGGGCUCUGCCAUUGUGCCAAUUUUUAAGCAUCAUUUGCAUUUAUUUUCUGCGAAAACUUGAAAGAAGAAAAAGUGUUUAAACAAUAUGCCUAAAACUAAAAAAGAUGAUUCUACGAGCGACAGUGACUCUGGACCAGAAGAUAGACAUUCUCCGGCCAAAAAGUCUAAAGAGACUUCGGACAAAAAUUCCAAAAGUAGUAAGGAUGAUGGUGCCGAUACAACUCAUUGGGUUUUAGAGAAACAGCGCCAGGUGCGCAUUAAUGAAUUUAAAGGGCGCAAAUAUGUUGACAUACGCGAGUUCUAUGAGAAAAAUGGCGAAAGUAUGCCGGGCAAGAAGGGUAUUUCAUUAACGUUGCAACAAUGGAAGAAACUGCUAGAGGUGGCCGACGAAGUUACUCGAGCGGCAGAGCGCGAUUAAAUUGUUAAAUUUUUCUUUUAGUUUUUGUAAAUGAAAUAAAUUUGUUUCUUUUUUUAAAUAAAACUAUUUAUUUAUUAA